AUGGGACUCUGGCCACGAACGCCAUUGCGCGACGCUACCUGGAACAACAUCACGGCACAUGCACGGUACCUGAUAGACACUCACCAGAUUGUGGUCGAUGCGCAAGGCAAGACGGUCACAUGGCGUCACCGCAACGUUGGGAAGCUCCAGACGGUCAUUCACAAGUUGGAAAAGGCUUUCCCUGUGUUGGGACGAGCUCAUGGACAUUGGAUUGCCUUGACCAUCUACCAGCACCACGCGAAGGUGGUGAAUGAAGCGGUGAGAGUGUCUUUAAGCGCAAAGCGAAAGUCUACAGAGAGACUACUACUGCUGCUUCUUCCCAAGACGACGAUAACAGCCACGAGCACGACGUUGCCCAUGGAGUGUCAUCUGCUCGCGUCGAUAACGAGAAUACCCGCUGCGAGACACCCGCUUCCAUCUUCUCUGAAGACAAUAGUAUUGACUAGGCUGCAUCGAGAGUUGUGGCCAAUUAUGCGGAGGAAACAUUGGCUAACAAGAUGUAGCGUCAAGCAAACAAGAUUGCGCAUGUUUCCAAGGCAAGUCCGUCCCAUCUUUGAUGUUAUAAGACUGACCAGUGGCCAGAAGUCAAGCAAAGAUCGAUCCACCUCCUCGUCUCGCAAGUCUGGAAGAACAUCAAAGCUAUCACGCAGAGCACAGGACGCUGAGCAAGGCAGCGCUAUUAUGACCAAGGCCAAGACUGCAGCAUCACAAGCAAAAACGGCGCACAAGUCUGCCAAGAAGGCCAAGAAAGCGGCAGCACGUCUGUAG